AUGUGGAGACGAACGUACCUGCUGCUGCUCUUGAUCCGUGUUUACUUCGCGCUCUCGCCCAGCUACUUGCAUCCCGAUGAGCAUUUCCAGGGCCCCGAGGUCUUCGCAGGUACGUUUUCUCUGCUUGUCCCAGCAUGGCGACGCGUCUCCAUCUCGUCUUCCAUGUUUACGAGCAAUGCGCAAAAUUCCCCCUCCCCCCGAAAAGAAAAAAGCACCCCAACAAGGCGCCCCAGACAUCCAGACCACACCCCCUUUCAGUCCAUCCGCUCACAUCCACCCCAAACAGGCCGCAUCUUCUCGUAUCCCUCCUCUCUCACCUGGGAAUUUACCUCCGACCACCCCAUCCGCAGCAUUUUCCCACUAUGGCCAAUCUACGAGCUGCCCAUGAGCCUGUUGCAGUGGUUCUACACCGAGAUCGGCACCGGCAACCCACCGGCGCGACUGGUAUACUACGCGCUGCGCGCGGGCAUGUUCCUGCUAAGCUUUGUGCUGGAAGACUGGGCGGUCUAUGAGUUGGUGCCCUCGCCCCGCCAUCGCCGCGCGACCGUCGUCCUGGUGGCCUCGUCCUAUGUCACCUGGACGUAUCAGACGCACACCUUCUCCAACUCCCUCGAGACGCUGUUGGUCGCUUGGGGACUAGUGCUGAUUCGCCGCAUUGUUGAGAAUAAGCAAUACUCGUCCUUUUUUUCCUACGCCGUGCUCUCGUUCAUCGCCGUCGUGGGCGUGUUCAACCGCAUCACCUUCCCGGCUUUUCUGCUGUUUCCGGGCUUGCAAUUGCUCCCGCAUUUUCGGCGCAAACCCUCCUCCCUAGCAGUCUUCCUCGCGUUUGGACUUCUCUUCACGUCGAUAGCUAUAUUCACCGACACCUCAUUCUACCGUCCGACAGCCUCCUUUCUUGACAUAAUCCGCUCGCCCGUCAUCACCCCGCUCAAUAAUCUCCUAUACAACACCGAUCCAUCCAAUCUCGCCGUUCAUGGCCUCCACCCACGCCACCAACACUUCCUCGCCAACCUCUUCCAACUGCUCGGCCCAGCCUACAUCGUGAUGGUCACCUCGCUAUUCAGCUGGCCGCUCGUGCCAUCCUGGAUGCGCAAUGUGCGCGCCUUGUCCGCCGUCUCCGCCACGGUCUUGCUAUCCCUCUUCCCGCACCAGGAACCACGCUUCCUUCUCCCCUGCGUCCCGCUCCUCCUUAGCUGCAUCCGCCUGCGCAGGUCGCGGCUCCUGCUCGCCGUGUGGGUGGUCUUCAACGCCGCCAUGGGGUUCCUCAUGGGCGUCUACCACCAGGGCGGGAUCGUGCCCACGCAACUGGCCAUGCGCUCCAUCGUCGAGAACACCAUUGCCUCCCCGCAUUCCGGCGUCGAUGUCUUCUGGUGGAAGACCUACUCCCCGCCGCUGUGGCUUCUAGGUAACAAGCCCUCCAACGCCUCCGCCGAUAUCACAACCCAUGACCUGAUGGGUAUCCCCGGUCUGGAGAUGAUCACCCGUCUCGACAACGCCGUUCCCGCCUGCUCAAAACCUACCUCUGUCUUCCUGGUCGCUCCUGCCUCGGCGACGUUCCUCGAUCCAUAUGCUAUCUCCCCUGCUCCCCGCUCCCCGAACCUGGAGCUCCUUCCGCUCUGGCUAUACCGCAAACACUUGAACCUGGAUGACCUCGACUUUGGCGAUGAUGGCAUCGUCGCUACGUUGCAGAGAGUCAUCGGGCGUCGUGGUUUGCGCGUUUGGGCUGUGCGGAGGGUGUGUUCUCGUUAA